GCAAGUAGUGGCUUAGGUUGGCCCUUAUUUCCUGCCUUGUUUCAUUGAAGGCGGGAGUCAGACUACUCCUUGGCAGAGUUUCCCAUCACACCAAAAAGGCUUUAAGGCAAAGUUUGCUGUAAAGAAACAUGGCAACACAAGCACUCGUAUCAUCAUCUCUUACCUCCUCGGUGGAGACUGCCAGGCAGAUUCUAGGAGCUAGACCACUCCAAUCCCCAGUUGGUUCUUCAAGGAAGGGAUCAUUUGUCGUUCGGGCAGCUUCUACUCCUCCUGUCAAGCAAGGAGCCGACAGACCCUUAUGGUUUGCAUCUAAACAAAGCCUUUCAUACUUGGAUGGCAGCCUUCCAGGUGACUAUGGAUUCGACCCAUUGGGGCUUUCAGACCCUGAAGGUCCAGGAGGGUUCAUCGAGCCCAGAUGGUUAGCCUAUGGUGAGGUCAUCAACGGCCGUUAUGCCAUGUUGGGUGCAGUUGGUGCCAUUGCCCCUGAAAUACUUGGGAAGGCUGGACUGAUUCCUGCAGAAACAGCCCUGCCUUGGUUCAGUACUGGUGUGAUCCCACCAGCAGGAACAUACAACUACUGGGCUGACCCUUACACUUUGUUUGUGUUCGAGAUGGCACUCAUGGGAUUUGCGGAGCACAGAAGAUUCCAAGACUGGGCCAACCCAGGUUCCAUGGGAAAACAGUAUUUCUUGGGAUUCGAGAAGUAUCUUGGAGGGUCUGGAGAGCCAGCAUACCCAGGAGGACCACUCUUUAACCCACUUGGACUCGGAAAAGAUGAGAAGUCAUUGAAGGAUUUGAAGCUGAAAGAGGUGAAGAAUGGGAGAUUGGCUAUGAUGGCAAUCGUGGGUUACUUUAUCCAAGGCCUUGUGACAGGAGUAGGGCCAUACCAGAACCUCCUGGAUCACUUGUCUGACCCUUUCAACAACAAUAUCUUGACUAACCUUAAGUUCCAUUAGACAAAGUGCAUGCUUUGUUGUUGCAUGGAACUAUCCAAGCUCCACCUCCUCUUUCGUUCUUAUCCUUUCUUGAUCCCUUUGUAACAUGUGAAAAUUUAUUCUGUAAUCUGUGAGAAACAACCGAAAUGGACUAGUUAAUGCCUCUGUAUCAUCAGUAUCCUUUUCAUCUCUGUUGCUGAAUGAUAUAUCUAUGUCUCUUCAUUUAUCUAAACUAUGGGACGAAAUGAAAAUCCUGAAAUGAACGCUCUUUGUUCAUGUA